AUUUUAACGUCUCAGCGGUUUAAACUCGCUGCCGCCGCUUUUUGUUUCAUUAUGUGACUCCUGAGAAGAAGUUAACGCGGUAGAAGGUGUUAUGAACAACUAUGAGGUCAUCCGUCAGAUCGGAGAGGGUGCGUUUGGGAAAGCCUUCCUGGUUCAGGACAGAGGGGGAGGUGGAGACAGACAGUGUGUCGUCAAACAGAUCAACCUCAGAAAGAUGUCAGCACGGGAAAAGGAAGGGUCCAAGAAAGAAGUGACGCUGCUGUCGAAGAUGAAACACCCAAACAUCGUCACCUUCAUCAGCUCAUUUCAAGAGAGGGGCAGCCUGUACAUAGUGAUGGAGUUCUGUGACGGAGGAGAUCUGAUGAAGAAGAUCAACAUGCAGAGAGGAGUCUUCUUCACAGAGCAGCAGGUCGUGGACUGGUUCGUGCAGAUCUGCCUCGGACUCAAACACAUCCACGACAGGAAGAUCCUCCACAGAGACAUCAAAGCUCAGAAUAUCUUCCUCACCAAUGGAGGGUUGAAAGCAAAGCUAGGGGACUUUGGAAUCGCAAGAAUGUUGAAUAACACCAUGGAGCUGGCGAGGACCUGUGUUGGGACUCCGUACUACCUCUCCCCAGAGAUCUGCGAGAAUCGACCCUACAACAACAAGACGGAUAUCUGGUCUCUGGGCUGCGUCCUGUAUGAACUCUGCACCCUGAGGCAUCCAUUUGAGGGCAGCAGUCUGCGGCAGCUGGUCAGUAAAAUCUGCAGGGGGCGCUACAACCCAGUGCCCAGCCACUACUCCUACGACCUUCGCCUGCUGGUCACCCAGCUCUUCAAGGUCAACCCUCGGGACCGUCCCUCGGUCAGCUCUGUCCUCAGGCGUCCCUUCCUGGAGAAGCACAUAAGCAAACACCUGGACCCACAGGUGAUGCAGGAGGAGUUCAGCCACACGGUGCUGCAUCGAAACAGAUCGGCAGCGUCUCAGGCUGCUAAACCCACAGCAGCAGCAGCAGCAGCAGCAGAGAAGAAGCAGAAGUUUGGAGCAGCAGAGAGACCUGGAGCUGCUGCAAAGAGACUUCCUGCUAAACCAGACUGGAGGGUCCCACUCAGAGUCUACAGCCCUGCCCCCUACAAACCUUUUUGUCACAGAGCUGCAGACAGAGAAGCUGCAGCGCUGCAGAACCAGAGGUUUAAUGGACAGCAGCCGGUCAGCCAGUACAAGCACUACUACGCCCAGCUGGACGCCCUCCAGAGGAGGAAGAAGGAGGACGUCCUUCCUCCUCCUCCUCCUCCUCCUACUCCUCCUCCACCUCCUCCUCAGGAGAGAGAGAAGGAACGAUGUGAAGACCAUGCUGUGGAACCGUACAUGAUUGUGGCUGCAGCUCGUAAUGAAUACAUGCAGAGGAGACACGAGGCCAACCUGUACAAACUGAGAGCAGAGAAACAGCUGGGUUUGCGUCCGUCUACAGCUGAACGUAACAGGAAGCCUGGAGGUCAGGAGCAGGAAGUGAGACCAUCUGAACACCAACACACACCUCAGGACAGGAGGCAGUAUGGACAGCAGGAGUACCUGCGUCAGCUGGACGCCAUCAGACAGCAGUAUCACCAGGAGAUGAGACAGAUGAGACUGAGAGCUGAAGUAGAGCCGCAGCCACAACACAAACAUGGAACCUUUGUGGUGGAGAAACCCAGAGAGCAGAGAGCCUCACCUGUACAGCGUGUCUCGUUCCUGCUGCAGGACGUAGAAGCAGCUCUGAGGCAGAUCAGAGAGGAGACCAGAGAUCAGAGGAAAGCGCUGGAGAGGAAACACAAAGACAAGAAGGGAAUCAUGUUUGAGAUCCGGUUAGAUGAAGAAGGCGUGAAAGAGGAAGCAGAGAAGGAGGAGAAGAGAGAGGAAGAUGAGGAGAAGGAAGUGGACCCUCUGAACCAGACGCUGAGCUUCCAGGAAGGGGAGGAGUUGAAGCUCAGGGAUUGGUCGGAGGUGAGGAGGGGGUGGAGCCAGAGGACUCCUCAGACUCUGCUGGACGCACUUGCCAACAUGGACGUCAACUCCGUCUUCAACACAGUGGUCGAGGCUGAACAAGGUGAGGAGGCAGCAGGUCGCAGGCAGUGGUUGGACGGCCCCCCCAACACCCUGCUGAACGCUCUCGCUGAGGCUGAACUCACUUCAUCAACUCUGGACUCAGUGACUGCAGACUCAGAGGACAGAGCAGAGGAGGAGGAGGAGGAAAAAGAGGAGAGGAAAGAGGAGGAAGAGGAGGAGGACUCUGAUGUGGAGAUGGAUGAAGAGCGUCUGGAGCCGAGGUCAGACGAUGACGACACGAACUUAGAGGAGUCGGAGGACGAGUUGAGAGAGGCCGUGGCAGACUCCAUGAAGAACCUGUUUGUGAUGGAGGACGGGAGCUCGGACGAGGCAGAGCACACAGAGGAGACGGCAGCGGUGGGUGGUGAUGGGACGGAGGAGAAUGAGGAUGGAAGUGCAGCGGCGAGUGCUGCAGACUCACAACAGAUCCAGCCGGAGGUCGAAGAUUCACAAGCAGACAAUGUUUCCUCUGAGCCUGAAGAACGAGACGGUCAGUCGGACAGUUCAGACAAUAACACUGCGUCAAAUAAACAGCAGCAGACAAGUUGAGUGAUCACAAACAUUGAAUCCUUUAUUCUGAGACAGUGACUGGAGUCCAUUUAAAGGAAUAGUUCACCCAAAACAAUAUAUUAGAAGAGCCCUCCUUCAUGGGAAAUGUUUCAUUUAGCCAAAGUUUAGAAGAAACAGUAGUUUGGAUUUCCAGAGCUGAACACAUACAAGACAGCUGGAAAAUGCUGCUCAGAAAUGUCCAGAAGAUUUAAUUACCUUUUCUUUUGUUCAUCUUCCAUUGAAGUCUGUUUGCACUGAUGUGUUUUCAUGUUUCAGGCGCUCUGCUCUGCUUCACACCAUUAGAUAGAAAACUGUUUGUGUCUGAGUGUCCAGUCUUUAGUUUAACUGUCUGUUGAUCUGUGUUUUAACACCUAAGUCUGGUGUUAUUUUACAUUUUUUUAUUGUCUAUAAAUGCCAUGAAAAGAACAAAAUCAACAAAUACUUUAGUUCGUCUUCUCUCAAUCGAUGAUCAUAUGUGCUGUGUCUCAAGUCAGAAACUUCUGUACUCAAACUUACUACUUUGAGUGUGUGAGUGCGUUCACACUGAGAAGUAUGGUGAAAAGCAGAGAUCUAAGAGUACCUGGAUGAUGCACUCAUGACAGUCAGUGUUAGGUUGCACACUGUUAAUCUUUAAUGGUCGCCAUGUUGCCUACAUAACAGAAGGGGAGGGACCACAAACACAUUUCAAACUUGUGAAAUGACGUUAGUCUCCUAGCGAGCUAACAGCAUCACAUUUUGUCAUCAGGCGUGAAGGGUAAGAUAUACUAGCUUAAAGAGUAAGUUAUUUUUGGUGUUUAUGCAUUUUAAAUUAUACAGGUCCAUCCUGAAUGGACUCACAAAUGUGUCAGGUUUGUAAAGAACACACUUUAUUUUGAAGUACGGUGAAUAUCCGGCACAGAGAUUUUAUUCUGAAGUGCUGUUUCCUGCUGUAGAGUGAGUGACUAACGGGCAGCUAACUCGACGACAUGGCCAAACGCCAGUAUGACGCUGAAUAUAUUAAACUGUAUGGACCUUGAACUAAUGACUCAGGAUAAUUCUGGACCAGUUGGAAACCACUGCGAUAGAGGAUUGUAAUGUCAGAUUUGUGGUCAGAUGCUUGAUGAGUUGUAAAUAUUUAUAAAAUGCAGCAGCCGUCACUGACAGUAUCAGCCACCGACAUAUAUAUAGAAACGUGCUGUGAAAGCUCUUUUAUUUUUAACACAAUGAGUAAAUAAAUGCAAAGACAAAGGAGCAAACAGGCAGAUACAGCAAUCAUACAUUCACUCGAACAUUGACGAGAGAUAGUCAUUCAGGUGAUGAUGCUCAGCCUGGCUGCAGUUCACUGAGCAGAAGGAAAGCUGUCAACUGCCAUGUUUGAUCUGAGACAACACUAACCUGUCAAAAUUCAAGCACUACACAAGUAACUACACAGUGAACACAGUGUUCUAACGGAGGUAUCUGAUUUGAGACACUGCAACAGUUUCAUCAGUAAUGUCGUCACAGCUGCUCACUGUAGUUUUUAAUUUAACAAACAGGAGGAAUCAGUGACUGUGUAGGGGACUAUUUUCAGCGGUGGAUUAAUCCACAUUUGGUGCUCCAGUGAGUAUCUGUGGCAGCAGGACGGUUUAUGUAGGAUUGAAUCUUUUUAUGGGAUUUUGUGACAUUUGGAAAAAGCUGAAAAUCAGCAGACGUCUCCUUUAACAUCAGCUUCAGUGUGACUUCUGAUUUUAAUGCUUCACUCUGGCACAGAGCAGUUAUAUGGAAGAUAUUGUUUAACAAGCAGCAGUAAUGUUUGUACCUUUCUGUGCUUUAACUCUGUUUCACACACAUAACAGACAGUUAAUAUGAAGUGUUGAUGAUUGUAUUUAUUGCAGUAUUUGAAUCUUAUUUCUACAUAAACAACCUUAAACAGUAACAAUGUCUCUUUCAAAAUAAAGAUUCCUUAAUAUUUCA